GAAGUUUCUCAAAAAAAAAAACCAGAACUAAAAUGAAUAUCGUAUAGAUGUUGACUGACCGCGAAACUUAAUACUGAAAAUCAAACAUACCUUUCUUCUUCAUCAUCUUCAUCUUCUUCUCGCUUUCUUAAACAUCCAGGUCACGCAGAGUAUAUACAUACAAUCUGGAAUUUCAUUUUAGGGAUUUAAUUUUAAUCCUAAGCCGAAACAAGACAUCAAAUGGGCCCCACCGCUCCUCCUACCAAACAGGCCGAACAACUUCGACAAGAUGGCAACUCUUACUUCGCUAAGAAUAAGUUGUCUGCUGCCAUCGACGCUUACACCGAGGCAAUUACUUUGUGUCCGAAUGUUCCGAUUUAUUGGACUAACCGUGCCUUAUGUCAUCGAAAGCGCAAUGAUUGGAUUCGAGUCGAGGAGGAUUGCAGGAGAGCCGUCCAACUCGAUCAUUCUUCGGUCAAGGCUCAUUAUAUGCUUGGACUUGCAUUGCUACAGAGGGAACAAUAUGCAGAUGGAGUUAAGGAAUUGGAAAAAGCAUUGGAUCUUGGUAGAGGAGCAAACCCAAAGAGUUACAUAGUGGAAGAAGUGUGGCAAGAGCUUGCUAAAGCAAGAUAUCUAGAGUGGGAGCAUGCAUCAACUAAACGGUCAUGGGAGCUGCAAAGCUUGAAAGAAGCUUGUCAGUCUGCUUUGAAGGAGAAACACGAUCGCAAAUAUUCUGAAAUGGAAGGAUUUGUAGAUGAUAUUAAUGACGACUAUUCCAAGCAAUUGGAUGGUCUUGAACAAGUAUUUGCUAUAGCUUCUGAAGCAGAUACGCCAACGGAGGUGCCAGAUUAUCUAUGCUGUAAAAUUACGCUUGAUAUCUUCCGUGAUCCAGUCAUUACUCCCAGCGGGGUUACAUAUGAGCGCUCAGUGAUUCUUGAUCAUCUUAAAAAGGUGGGCGAGUUUGAUCCAAUCACGCGCAAACCACUUCAUCAACACCAGUUAGUACCAAAUUUAGCGGUGAAAGAAGCGGUGCAAGCUUUUUUGCAGAAGCAUGGCUGGGCUUACAAGAUGGGUUAGAAAUUAUAUCAUGCAACAUGUAGUUGAGUUUAUAAUAUUCUUUAUGAACAGAAGUGUGUGCAUGCAGAUGUAAACAUUUUUGUGUGGCCUGUCUCUUUGGAGCACAGGGGCUUAGCAAAAUGUAAUGUUGAAUAUUACUGUUAGUUGCAUAGACCCAAAUUCUCAUGGUAAAUAUUUUUUCUGGAGGAGAAUUGGACUCCCAUCUUUUUUA